UUUGCGGAAGUUCAUCGGUGCAUUGGUGGGACAGUGGAGCUCUCGAAUUGUAUUUAGUUGUAGUGCAUUGGUGCGUAGUGCGAUGAAUUUUCUAUGGCUGCUGAUGAAUUGCGUUGUGGUGUUUUGAAAUUUCAACAAUCGCAUGUGAACCAGUAACUCGAACGAAGUUCAAUUGUGACCAGCUUAGUGAAAUGCGUCAGCCGAGAGUGUAACUAAUUGCAUUAGCAAAAAUUGUUCCCCAUCGAUUGGACCGAUAGAAAAAUCAAUCAAUUGCAGUAACAAUGGAAAAGGAUACCGCCGAAGAACUCGGCGAGCAGCUUCCUGAAAGUAGCGGCGCUUUCCAAUCGGAAGACGGGCGAACCCAAACGAGACGAGGCCAGUGUAAGUGGUUCAACGUAGUCAAAGGAUGGGGAUUCAUCACACCGGACGACGGUGGAGAGGACGUGUUUGUUCAUCAGAGCGUCCUUCAAAUGGAGGGGUUCCGGUCGCUAGGGCAAAACGAACCGGUGGAGUUCGAUUCCAAACUGACGGACAAGGGCUACGAAGCAACUAAAGUGUACGGACCGUCUCAGUCGGAUUGCAAGGGAAGCGAAUUUCAUCCGGGAGCCAAGCGGAAGUUUCGUAAAAUGAGGUGCUACAACUGUGGCGAGUUUGCCAAUCACAUUGCCCAGACGUGCUCACUAGGUCCACUCCCAAAACGAUGCCACCACUGCAAGGGCGAAGAUCAUCUGGUUGCUGACUGUCCUAGUAAAGAACCGAAGACGUAACAGCAAGCAGGACGUUACCGAAUCAUCAACACCAACAACCAGAGGCGCCACCCUCUCUGCCAAGGACAUUCUCAGGAUAACUGCAGUGGCAAGGACAACGCAGCGUUAGCGUUAGUCGGUUCAUGUCCUUGCUGCAAACCACAUUCAAAACUGCGCUUUUACCGAAGUACAAACGCAAACCAACGAUUCCUAUAAGCGAAGCUGAAAUCACUACCUCACCGAAAACGACUGCGAAAAAAAACAGAGUUCCAUAGAAAAGUAACCGAAGCAAGGAAAAAAUAGUACUAAUAAUGUAAUCUAUGUUACCGAAUAAUUUACGUAGAACAGACGAGGACGGCCUAUUGCCUAUCCCGGAUGGUUUUCUCAUCACCAAAUGACCUUUUUUAAACUUAAUCUUUUUAGGAUUAGUUCCGAAACUGAAAUACGGUUAGAUUUCAUCCAAAGUACAAACAUAUACUUCAAUACCUCAACCAGUAUCAGAGACGUUAAACGAAUUAAUUAGGAAGUGAGCGGGUCGAUAGAGUGCUUGGUGUAUAUAUAGUAUGUGCAAUUUUCAAAGAUGCAUUUUGAGUGCGAAAGUCGUCAUAAUUGAAACAAUAGAAGAAAUGAAAAAAUACCUUCAUAUCAAAUAGAACAGAAACAUAUAUAUUAUCACACAACCGUAAGUUACUUAACGAGAUCUUUCAAAACGAAAAUAGGUAGUAUACCUAUUUGAGAAAAUGUUUUUUGUAGUGACUAAUAGCGAGUUCCAUUAAAUAAAGAACA